UCUCCUGAUUUCGGCGUGAUAUAAUGUUGUUCUGGAGGACGGCACGCCUCUUUAGUAAAACAUACGCGAACUUUGAUAUCGUUUUAGUUUGGUGUAGUGUUUACAGCACGACGCGUGCACUCGCAAAUCUCUCGAUGGGGUCCACAGUGGGAUUUGCGCUGAGAAAACUUUUUGUUUAUAUAUCAGCUGUGUUGAUGGUGUGCGCUGCUAUCCUGCAGAUGUCCCUGUUGAAGCUCCUGUCAAUCAUUUCCCCAGAACGCAUGAGGAAAAUCCAUCUGAAAAUGGGGGAGAGGUCUACGAUGACCCAAAACCCUAAAUUCAAAUACGAAGAUUGGGGACCGGCUUUGUUCUCUUUGGCGUUCAUUAAAACCUUGUUCUUCGUCAACUGGUGCUCGCUGGGCCUCGAGGCGUUUGAGGGACACGCCGCUCCGGACAGCGCUUUAUUUACCCUGGACCGACAGAAGACAAGCGUUCAUCGUUUUCUUAAAGGUAACCGUCCACUGGUUCUGAGUUUCGGAAGCUGCACCUGACCCCCGUUUCUCUACAAACUUGACGAGUUCAAACAGCUUGUCAAGGACUUCAGCGAUGUCACAGAUUUCCUCAUUGUUUACCUUGCUGAGGCUCAUGCAACUGAUGCAUGGGCCUUUACAAACAACGUGGACAUCAGGGUGCACAAAAACUUGGAGGAGAGGCUUGCUGCAGCUCGGACCCUGCUCAAAGAAGACCCUCUAUGCCCUGUGGUGGUGGAUGAGAUGACCAACAUAACUGCCAGCAAAUACGGAGCCCUGCCCGAGCGGCUCUAUGUCAUUCAAAGCGGCAAAGUUAUCUAUCAGGGAGGCAUCGGACCUUGGGGGUACAAACCUGAAGAGGUUCGAAAAGUUCUGGAAAAAAUAAAAUAAAGGAGGAAAAAAAAAACAAAAAAAGGGAAAAUAUUUAUAUCUUUGCACUUUUCUGAAAUUGUAGCGCCUGGAUUCAUUUUCUGAGCCUUCGUGUUUGUUUGUGACGGGUACAGAUUAAACCAGAUGGUUUCUGUAACUUGAUGUUUCAGACAUUGGGGCGGAUGGAAAAUGCAAGCAAUGGUAGCAUCAGUAGCAUAUUUUUAAUAUAUAGAUUGCCUUUAUAUAUCAAAAUAUAGAUUUUUUUUAGUUCUAUAAAAAUUAAGCUUUCAUGCAAAUGCAGUAUAAAUGCAAUGUGCACAAUUAUCAUUCCAGCAUAUACUCAAAUAGCAGAGAUUGCAAUGAGCAUGUAUGCUUUUCUGAAUUUGUUUUUUAACUUGUGACUGUAAAUGAUGCUUACAGGGUAAAACUGAACUGUGUAAACUGAUGAUUCAGUCAUUUGUUCUUAAAAAAAAACAGAUUUCACAAACAUACAGAGUUCUCAGCUACUUUUCAAAUAAAAAUAUAUAUUUCAUAAGAGUCAGCAUAUACAAGCAUGACUUGUCUAAAAACUUAUACCAUAAUAGUUGUGUGUUCUUGUCCUUUCAUGAAAAAAGGUGUUCCCAUUUUGAACAAAUCUUCUAAAACUAUUAAUAUAAACAAAUUAAUAUAACAACAAAUAACUAAAUUGUCAUUUUAUUUAUUUUACAUUAGCAUUUUUUUUUAUUUAGAAGAAUUUAUCAGCAGUUUGCAGAACAAACUAAUUUUGUUUUACUCAAUUAUAAAUUGUAAAUGUAUAGGAACUGAGAAUUUCCACAUGAUCUCUUUAUUUAAACAACAAAAUCAUAAGUCCAAGGCACUGCUAUUAUUAAAAAAAAAAAAAAAAAAAAAAAAACAGCACUAUUGUGGCAAAACUUGCCUUCAUCAGGGUUAACUUCUGAUUUUGUUGUUUAUCUUUAUGAAUCCCUUAUCCUAAGAGCACAGACACAUUAAUUACCCCUGAAGCACUUUUUGUUUGAGUUUUGAUCUCUCUAUUUAUUCCUUUGAUGUAUAUGAAUAAUAAACAACUAUAACUAUCA